AUGUGGAACAAAAUGCAAGUUUCGGAACCAUCUCCCACCACAAAAUUAAAAGAUGAAACAUAUAAAAAUAUCGAACAAGUAUUUGGCCUUGCUCAGUUUGAAAGGUUCUAUGAUAGAGUUGAACCACAGUGGAGGGAUGCAUUGAUCGAUUCAUAUGCUUAUGAGGCAAAUGAAAGGAUCAAGGAUCCCAUAAAUGGAAUAACUAAGUUUUGUAAACACAUUGUGGUUCCCGGAGUGAAAUCCUUAACUUUGAAUGGCGAUAGAAUGAUCACACAAGAUUUGCUUUUCUUCAAUUGUAUUGCUUGCAAUUUCUCAUGGGAUUACUUUUUAGGAGAUAUCUUAAACCUUAGUGCCGCUGAUUUUGAAAAGUUCGAUACAGUUAUAAUCAGUUGUUGCUCGGAGAUAAAAAGAAGAAAGGUAAAUUCAAGAUGCCGACAAUUAACAGAUCCUAUAGCCUUCCAUAGUGUACAAUGCAGGGGAUCUUUAGCUGAGAUAUUUGUCGAUUUGAAAAGUCACACAGUAUAUGAGAGAUUAUUUGGACAAGAUUUGAAGAGCAUUAUGCAUUUCUGUAGUUUCGAGAAGGCCAUUGCAGUUCCUUGGCAAACACUUACCGAAGGAGUGUCGGAGAUAUUCUUAGCCAUGAGAGUUGAUGAAAAUUUUGAAGCAACACACAGGAGGAAGGUAAGAAAGCUGUCUGCCACCGACUUCCAACAUUUAAAGUCAUUUAAGGACGUCUUAUGUGAUAAACAGCAAUUCAACCACAAUCAUAUUUCCAGUGCUACGUUGGAAAAAUGUUACGAUUUCUUGCAAAGGAUCGAGUCACAGGACGAUUAA